GCUUAAUUGAAGUAAAAUAAAGGAAAAAGAGUAGAAACAAAGCUACCCGAACUGAUAUUGCCUCGGUAAAGGUGAAGCUGAAGAUCAGAGAUUGAAGAACCCCCGGCCAUCUAAUUUCGCUACUGCUUCUUCAGGAAUUGCAAAAUCUGAGUUUCAAAUAAGGAGCAAUAUCUCAAAUUUUUGUCAUAGUAAAUCCCGUUAAAGCAUAAAAAGCCUGCAAAGGAAGUUUAGAAGCAUGGUCAAUGCAGAGCAGCCUAUGCGAAGAGUGGCGUUUGUGCUGAUUGAUGGUUUGGGUGAUGUGUCUGUGCCGAAAUUUGGAUACAAAACCCCCCUUGAAUCCGCUGCAUUACCCAAUUUGGAUGCUAUAGCUUCUGCUGGAGUUAAUGGCCUUAUGGAUCCUGUUGAAGUAGGAUUGGGCUGUGGAAGUGACACUGCUCACCUUUCUAUAAUGGGUUAUGAUCCUAGAGUCUAUUACCGGGGUCGAGGUGCUUUUGAAUCAAUGGGUGCUGGAUUGGCGAUGUCACCCGGUGAUAUUGCAUUCAAAUCGAACUUUGCCACCUUGGAUGAGAAAACUGGAAUUGUCAUCAGUAGAAGGGCUGACAGGCACUUCGAAGAGGAAGGACCUAUCCUCUGUGAGGCACUAGAUGGAAUGAAGCUGCCAUCUUUUCCACAGUAUGAAGUGAGAGUCAGGUAUGCUACAGAGCAUAGAUGUGGGGUGGUUGUAAAAGGUCCAAAAUUAAGCGGAAAUAUAUCUGGAACAGAUCCAUUGAAGGAUAACCGCUUAUUAUUACAAGCAGAGCCUCUUGAUGAUACAGAUGAAGCAAAGCAUACAGCUGCUGUAAUUAAUGAGUUAUCCAAGGAAAUAUCACGAAUUCUGGUUGCUCAUCCUAUAAAUGCAAAACGGGCAGCAGAAGGGAAGAAUAUCGCAAACCUUGUUCUUUUAAGAGGUUGCGGUAUUAGGAUUGAGGUUCCUCCAUUUGAAAAGAAACAUGGACUGUGGCCAUGCAUGGUAGCUCCUACAAAAAUCAUAGCUGGCCUUGGCUUAUCACUUGGUAUUGAUAUCCUAGAAGCUCCUGGUGCUACAGGGGACUAUCGUACCCUUUUAACAUCUAAAGCAACUGCCAUAUCUAAGGCACUUUCAGCUCCUCUGGACUCUUGUCCUAAUGUUUUUGUUCCAGGGCAAGAUGAGCACAGGCCUGGUCGAUCUGAUGGCUAUGAUUUUGGCUUUCUUCACAUUAAGGCCAUAGAUGAUGCAGGUCAUGAUAAAGCAGUAGUUUUUAAAGUUAAAGGGUUGGAAGCUGUUGAUCGGGCUAUAGGGCAGCUGGCAAGACUUCUUUGGCAGGCACAAACUAAAGGAGGUUUCCAAUACUCUAUAUGUGUUACUGGAGACCACUCAACUCCAGUUGAGUAUGGUGAUCACAGCUUUGAACCUGUACCAUUCACCCUGUGUAAGUUAAAAGAUUUUGUUGGCGCAGUGGGAGGGGAGUCUGUACUCCUGGAAACUUCCCUCGAUCCUUUUCCUCUCCCAACCGUAGCAUCUGGAGAAAAUUUAACAGAUACUGCUACCUUGGAGGAAGUGCAAAAGAAAAUAGAGAUUAAAGCUUUCAGUGGUGAUUCAGUUUGUGAGUUUAAUGAGAUUGCAGCAGCAAGGGGUUGUCUUGGGCGAUUUCCUGGAAGUGAGAUGAUGGGAAUUAUCAAGAAAUUUAUCAAGCUUGAUAGCUGAUUACUAAGGGUCAAUUAUAAAAAAAUCUUCUUCACCCUUGCAAUAAAACAAUAUGACGCAGAGGCUUCUUCGGACCCUGGACAAGGCACAUGUUACAGAAUCAACUAUACAAUAGGAACUGCCUAAACUCUCUCUUAAAAGCCAUGUUGGUGUUCUGCUGUGAGCUUCUAGCAAUACAUUUAAGUUGUAUACUACUUUAAAGGAAUAAUCGUUGUUCUUCCUAUCUUUUUAAGGAAAUUUUGUUUCUUUAA